AUGAAUCUCAUCUUCCGCGGUGCCUCGAUAGCUACGUUGGUUUGGAUUGGUACGAUCCUGAAGCCAAAAAUCCAAGAAGUCGGUUUGUUUAGGUCUAUUUCGAACUUGCACAACGAGCGAUGUUCCCGUGUCGAUGGUUUGGAGGCAUGUGAAGAUAUCUUUGUGGACCAGCCAACAGGCUUAGCAUACCUUGCAUGCAGUCGUCGAAAGGAUCGUGCCCACUGGUUACCUGCUAUGAAUGUGCUCAGGUACCAAAAACUUCAUGGUCGAUCUUUGGACUAUAUCGCACUAUUGGACUUGAAAACACUCGAGUACCGACGAUUGGAGCUGACAAACUUGCCAGAACUAUUGCUUCAAGACGGAAUUCACGUUCACGGACUUGAUCUGUUUGUCCAUCCGGAGGAGCCAAUUGAGCCCGCCGAAACAGAAUCCGAGUCGACCCCCCCUCGCAAGGCAACUAUUUACUUGAUCAACCAUCGUUCUCCCUAUGAUGAUGAUACUCGAGCCGCUGGGACAGCCGAUAGUGUUAUUGAAGUGUUUGAGACUACCAUAGGAAGUGACAAAGCGACCCACCAAAGAACAGUAAAACACAACUUGGUCGUAACUCCCAACAAUCUUGUGGCAUUGAAUGAAAAUUCGUUUUAUGUCACAAAUGAUCACCGUAGGAAAAAGCAUUGGACGAGGGAUUUAGAGUUAUUUUUCUUGGAUUCAGCGCUGGACAGUAUUGUACAUUGCUCAUUUAACGAAGAAUCAGUACAAUGUAUUUCCGCAUUGCAUGGUCAUCACCAAUUCCCGAAUGGAAUAGCUAAGGGACCGGGGAACACGAUCUACAUGGCAAACUCUUUGAAUGCCCACUUGAGAUUGCUUGAAAUCCAACCAGACAAUACUCUCAUCUUAAAGGACGAAUUCAAAGUGCCAAGGGUUAUAGACAACCUCUAUGUGACCAGUACGGGUGCAGUGUUCAUCGCUAGCAUUCCAUCUAUGCCAAAAUUCCAAGCCGUCUUAGGAGAACUUCACAAGGACACCCACAGCUUAGUUUCACCCUCUGAGGUAUGGAAAUUCUCCAACCAGACGGGUACUGGCUCCUGGCAAUCCAAGCGAAUUGAAUUGGAGAAGGUUUUUGCCGAUGAUGGGAAGCAAGUCACCUGUACUACUGGUGUGGCUGUUUGGAAUUCAAAGUUACUGAUGACCGGAAUUGCGAGUCCAUAUCUGUCUAUUUGUGAAGUUGAUCAGACGAUAGCGAGUUAA